UCAUCGCAGGGGAGGAGCUCGGUGUUCAAAACACAGCCUGCUCUCAGUCCCUGGGCUUUUUUUAUGCUUCCUGUCUUGUUUUUGCGCUUGUUUUCUUGCAGCUGCCUCGUUUAUUCGCGCUCCUUUACGCGUUCUUGUUUCCUUUCUUGAACGAACCGAUUAUCAAACAUAGAAUGUGGUUACUCACCGCGAAUUACGCACGAUAUUUACUACUUCAGAACAACGCCUUUAUUUGCAGCAUCCCGCCUCGGUUUGCUUAUUAUUAUUUUUUGACCAUGGACUAAUUCUAAAAAGACGUAUAAAUGCACCCGCCAUCGAGGAGCUAUCGUGCAUUUCAACGACGAGAGGUGCGUGGGCCUUGCCUGCAUCGUGGCCCGGGCGCUACUGGCCAUGAAGGGUCCGGGCGACGCAGAGAACCGCCGGCUGCUCGGCCUGCUGGAGGCGGCGCUGGUACGGGAGGCGCGUCUCUGGAAGGCCCUCGUCUUCAAGGGCGGAUGCGUCCAGGGUGCUGACAUGUCGUCGUCCCAACAUCAAGACUUGAUCGUGUGGCUCGGGGGCAUGAAUAGACGCUUCCACUUCUGUCCAGAGACUUUUGCAUUGGGCGUGUGCGUCCUCAACCGGAUGCUCUCCACCGUCAAAGCGCAGCCAAAAUACUUAAAAUGUAUCGCUUUUACCUCCCUGGUCCUCGCUGCCAAAAUCAACGAGGAAGAUGAGGUCAAAGGGUCGGUCAGCGACUUGGUUGCACAGAGCGGCUGCAGCUUUUCCACGGCGGAGAUCGUUCGGAUGGAGCGCAUCAUUCUGGACAAGCUGCACUGGGACUUGUACACCUCCACGCCCGUCGACUUCAUUCACAUUGUAAGAUCGUCGUUAGCCAAAGUUUUGCGACUUUUUUUUUUGGUUGGGACUAUUUUUCUUUCCGGCUAAGAUUUCUCACGCGCAUCUUGUAAAACAUCAGGCGGUGAUUUGUCUAAUCUCCCGCCGUGCUUCCUCCAGAGUCGUUAAUCUCGUCAAGCCUACAUU